GAGGUGAUCUGAGGAGCAGAGCCGGGCGCGCGGGGGUGUCUCCGGGCGGCGGUCACGUGGCAAUGUGUCUCGAGCCAGCGCGCGACUGACCCCCUGUACAGAUACAUGUUGACAGCUGGAGCAGUAAAGUUUAGGAAAAACUUCUUGUUCAGUUUUAUUAAGUAUGAGGAUUCUAUCGACUACUUAGUGGAGUCCAAGCAACGGUGGUAAAGGCGCGUGAAGGCGCGUUGGUACUGAGAGGGGCGCGCGCGACAGAGCAACCGCGUGGUUCUCACCGUAUGAUCAAACACACCGACACACUCCUGUACUGCACGCGCAUCAUCAUGUUCACAAAGCUGCUUCCCCGCCUCUGUGUGUUAGCUGGACUUUUUCUGGAUCUUCAAGUUCAAGGGUCCAGGUUGCGUUUGGAGGAGGUGCCCCCACGGAUUGUUCACCACCCAUCUGACGUGGUAGUGAAGGUGGGCAGCCCGGCCACGUUGUCCUGCCGGGCAGAAGGCCACCCCGAGCCCACCAUUGAGUGGUACCGCAACGGGCUGCCCUUGGACAUAGACAGGCUGGAGGGCCAGUCACGACCCAUAGUCUUGUCGGAGGGCAGCCUCUUCUUUCUCAGCGUGGUCCCUGGGAGGAGGGGCUCCUCACAUGAGGGCACGUACACUUGCGUGGCCCGGAACAGCGUCGGCAAAGCCACGAGUCGCAAUGCCUCCCUUCAUAUUGCAGUUCUGCGGGAUGAGUUUCAAACCCACCCCUCCAACAUAGAAGUGGCAAUGGGGGAGGUAGCUAUCAUGAACUGCACCCCACCUGUCGGUUACCCUGAGCCCAACAUCACCUGGAAGAAGGACGGCAUCCUACUCAACAGCACAGAUGAGCACUACACUGUGUACAAGGGGAAGCUGGUCAUUGCUCCGGCCCAGAAGAAUGACUCGGGAGUGUAUGUCUGUGUGGCGUCCAACAACAUGGGGAUGAGAGAAAGCAGAGGGGCCAGGCUUUCUGUUUUAGACAAGCCGGUGUUUCUUCGGAAGCCCCAGGAUGUGACAGUGAAUAUCGGGGACACGGCGCAGUUCCACUGUGAGGCACUUGGGGACCCCAUGCCUGCGGUGCAGUGGAGUCGGGAUCAAGGCUCUCUGCCCAACGGGAGGUACAUCGUGAAUCCAGAUCACAGCCUUCAGGUCCACUAUGUGACGGCCCAGGACGCCGGACGGUACACCUGCACUGCUACCAACGAGGUGGGUGUGUCCACAGCCAGCGCCUCCCUGACUGUGCAAGAGGCCGUGAGCCCCAGCCAGAGGGACCUGCACAGGGAGCUAUCGGCGCUGCGUGUGGACCUGGAGGCGGUGAACACGUUACUUUCUGCUUCCAACAUGGUGCAGCUGCAGUGGAGGCUGCAGCCCUUGCCACAGCUGCACUAUUUGGAUGGGUUUGAGGUGCUGUAUCGCUCCCUCCUGCCUGCCAGCUCCGACUGGUCAGCAGAGAAGGUAGCCCUGCCCCAAGCAGAAAUCGGCCCCCUGAAGAGGGGGUACAAGUAUGAAUUCAAAGUUCGACCCUAUGGCGGUGGACUGUACGGCCGUGAGAGCAACACCCGGCACUUGCGAGUUCCAGAGCUAGUGCCCAGUGCCGCCCCGGGUGACAUUGCCGUGACGAUGGCCGUGGAGAGGAACAACACAGUGCAUGUGAGCUGGGAGCCACCGCCCCAUGAAGCUCAUAAUGGGAUCAUUCAGGGUUACCAGGUGUGGUGUGUGCAGCCAGAGAGCCAGCAGUCCCUCAACUGGACCGUGAACAGCGCCACCCACAGCCUGGAGGUCACCAACCUUGAGCCGGGGAAGCGCUACUCGUUCAGAGUGGCUGCUGUCAAUGGAGCUGGGGUUGGCGUGCGUAGUGCCCCCUAUCGGUUGGCCAUAGAACCACAGCAGGCCAUAGCCCCUUCCCGGAAUGACUCCAGCAGCCUGGUGCAGGUCCUGGCAAUACUGCGAGACCCUGUGUUCAUCGGUAGUGUCGGCGCCCUGCUCUGGUGCAUCCUCAUGGUGAUGGCAGUCUGCCUGUACCGGCGCCGCACCAAAGCCUCCCGCCUCAGGCCCCGACACCGCAAGGCAGCAGGUUUGUACCGACUGGCCAGUGAUGAUCUCAUCAUAAAACACAGGAUGGCUAGCCCUGACUCUCCUUGGAUGUCUGGGGCCUGGAGGUCGGUGCAGUGCAAUGAACAGUACCGCAGCUUGUGGGCACAGAGUAAGGAGAGCCUGGACUUCAAGAGAUCUACACUUCUGGUGUCAGAGAAGAAAGAUCCAGUCCCGUUGGAAACACCUGUCCCAAUUGUGCCUGACAGCUGCGGGGUUUAUGGGACCUUCUAUGUGGACCUAGGUGGCAAUGGGCUGAAGACAUUCAACAGCCCUGCCCGGCGUCCCAAAGUACCCCACCACGUCCCACAGGCUCCCGACACGGCGCAACUCUCACAGCCCGUUCUUAAGACCGCUGUCAUGCGAGACGGCCAGAAGUUGUCGUGGAAGCAGGCUCUCCCUGCCCAGCCAAAAAUGGGUGUGCUCAAGGAAUCACUGGAGAAGAGCCAGAAACGAGAGCUCCAUGCCGUCAGCAGUGUCCCCCUGGUGUCCACACAUCAGCAGGCAAUGGCAGUAAGAAACAUGCCCAUAAACCAUCUACACAGGCUUGGCCACCACCCACCAGGGAGGCCCUCAGAAGUUCCCAAGCUGCACGGCUCCCCUAGGAUCCUACACUACUCCGCCUCGUUGCACUUGAUUGACAUGCUGCCGCCGCCCCCAGUCCCACCGGAGGACACCCACAGCCUGAGCUCUGAUGAGGGGUCCAGCCGCUCCACCAAGCUCACGCUGGACGGCGGCUCGCUGCUGUCCGUGUGUCCUGCUCCCAGACCUGCCCCUGGCCCAACCCCGGGUUCCGCUUCAGACUGCGCUUCCUACUCUAGCCAACCCUACAGCCGCCUUUCCACAGCAUCCUUCUGCCUGUCGGUGGAAGAAGACCAGGACACGGCCCUCACCUCCCAGGAAGUGGCGCAAUACCUGGAGCCGAGCCCUAAGGUGGAAAGGCGCAGCGCUCUGGCCGGGACCCCUGUUCCUCUGCCACGCCCCUUUUCUCCAACACCCACCUUUGGGUACAUCUGUGGGCCACGGCGCUCGGACCCAGAAGCAGCGGACGUGAGCGAGGACACGGGCCGAGUGCAGCGGCAGGGCCCGGGCACGGCUGCCCUGAGGAGCACGCCCUCAUCCUGCUGCAGCGAGUGGGAAGGCUCCCUCUGGAACACGUGGGGUUCCGUGACGGACAGCAAUGUACCCAGCGCCCGUGCCAGCAUCAUCAGCUCCUCCGACGGCUCCUUCAUGAAUGACGCCAGCUUCGCUCGCGUCUUGGCCGUUUCUGCGGAGUCAGUGAGCGGAGCCAGCUGUUCAGACUUCUCUCCCCCCGCCUCGCCCCUGAGCGCCCUGUUUCCACCCACCGACUGUUUCGGGGAACUGGAGCCGCUCCCGGUGUGGGAGUGGAGCGCUGCCUGGAUGGAAGAGAUGGAGGCGCAGUUUCGCGCCUCCAGGCCAGCGCUUGGGAGGCCGGCUGCAAACACGACGCUGGACACUUGGGGUCAUCGCCAGCGGGACGGGAGAGGGACGGAGCUGCUGGCUGGAGCGAGCAUCCACAAUGUGCACGCCCGCCGGUGACGGCCUUCGGUCGAACUCCUUCCGGACCAACACCGCUGGCGAUGCUCCGCUACAUUUCCCACAAUACCUCAGGGCAGCCUGUCUUCCUUUCAGUCACGUCCAUCUGACCCGAGUCUCAGUGCCUUUCAGGAAAACUUGAAGAGGUGCCCUUUCAGUGUACAAGACAGUACCCGUGCGCCACGUGAGGACAGAAAUCGACGGGCACCUUAACGGAGCUUUCUGAGAAUGUCACUUCCUCUUAACUGCUCUUCAUUAAAUGCUUUAUUUGACUAAUAGUUUAGAUUCUUCUCUUCUUUCCCCUCUUGUUAUUGUUGAAGUGCAAAAGAAUGAAUGGAUAGCAGUGCUCAGACCAUUGGCAUCCAUAUGCAAUGUACUGUAAAUAAAUAAACCUUUUAUUUAAUGCCAUAUAUUUUUCCACUAUAUUAUUCAGCAGUUUACCC